CCGAGGCGCCAGCGGCCGCGAGUCUGGAAAGGCCCCAACGGCGCCAGGCCCGCCACGCCGCAACUUGCCCAAACCAGACAGGCUUCAUCCUGCGCCCUGAAAGAAGGAGCCGGCCCGCCGCCUCCCGCUCGGCUGCUCCUCUGCCUCCGCGGGCCCCGCCUGAGCCAGCAGCGCCUCUGGGGUCUGGGCCCCCAGCGUCGCCCCAGUCCGCCUGCAGCGCCCGGCGCCCGCCAAGGAGCGCGCAACUGGGGUGCUGGGGACACACGGUGAGCAAAAGAAAUCACGGCCCUUGUUCCCGCUGAUCCUGCAGUCCAGUGGAUGGAGCCCACAGGACACAGACCUGCCAGGAAAGAAAAAAAAAUUCCUGAUGGUUGGUCCACGCAGGGACACCCCGGUGGAUUGAGGAAUGUCUGGCUUUUCCUCAGCUCAUUGAUCUCUGUGGUAGCCACAGGCAUCACCCAAAAGACCCCAAGAAUGAAAGGCCUGAUGUCUACAAGUUGCUGCUAGAGCAACUAGCAGCAGAUGCUGCAGAUCUCUGCAGAUCACAGAAUGCAGCUGCCUCACAAGUUUGUAAGGGCCCUGGGCACACGCUGACUGUGCGGGGGCUGGCGCGCCCUUUGCUCUAAGUCCGGGUCAGGGCGCUGCCAUAGCAACGGCCUGGACGCCCAGACCUUAGGCCGCCGCCGCCGCCGCCGCCGCCCGAGACCCGGCCAUCUCCCAAUCCCGAAGGGUGGGGCGGCGGCGGCCCGGGAGGCGGCCGGGGCCGGGUAGACGGGACCGCCCCCUCCUCGGAUACCAGCUGAGGCCGCGGGUUUGCUUCCAAGCAUGCCCUUUCAGAAGCACGUCUACUACCCGCUGGCCAGCGGCCUGGAAGGACCCGACGCCCCCGCUGCAGCUGCCGCGGCGGGAGCGGCCACAAUGGCCUGUGGCCCCCCCAGCGUGGCGUCGGUCCCCCUGCCCUUCUUCCAAUUCCGGCCGCGGCUGGAGAGGGUCGACUGGCGGCGGCUGAGCGCCAUCGACGUGGACAAGGUGGCGGGCGCCGUGGACGUGCUCACGCUGCAGGAGAACAUCAUGAACAUCACCUUCUGCAAGCUGGAGGACGAGAAGUGCCCGCACUGCCAGUCGGGGGUGGAUCCGGUGCUGCUGAAGCUCAUCCGCCUGGCGCAGCUCACCAUCGAGUACCUGCUGCACUCGCAGGAGUUCCUCACCUCGCAGCUGCACCACCUGGAAGAGCGGCUGCGCCUGAGCCUGGCCGAUGGCGAGCAGAGCAGGAAGCUCCUCACCAAGCAGGCCGGCGAGAUCAAGUUACUCAAGGAAGAGUGUAAACGCAGGAAAAAGAUAAUCUCGACCCAGCAGCUGAUGAUCGAGACCAAAGCCAGCUAUUACCAGUGCCAUUUUUGCGAUAAGGCCUUUAUGAACCAAGCUUUUCUACAAAGUCACAUUCAGCGCCGCCACCCUGAAGAUUCUCACCUUGAGUAUAAGAAAAAGGCACAGACUGAUAAGCUCCAGAGUGAGAUUGACAUGCUGAAGGAGCAGCUGCAGCUCACCAAGUCUCAGCUGGAGGCUGCACAGCACGCCCACGCUGUCAGGUUCUCUAAGGAAUAUGAAAUGCAGAAAACAAAAGAGGAAGAAUUUCUGAAGUUAUUUGAUAGAUGGAAAGAAGAAGAAAAGGAGAAACUAGUUGAUGAAAUGGAAAAAGUCAAGGAAAUGUUUAUGAAGGAGUUUAAAGAAUUGACCUCCAAGAAUUCAGCAUUAGAAUAUCAAUUGUCAGAAAUCCAGAAGUCCAACAUGCAGAUCAAGUCCAAUAUUGGCACGUUAAAAGACGCACGUGAGUUUAAAGAAGAACGUCCUCAGUAUCCCCAGGAUUUCCAGAAUGUGAUGCAACUUCUUGAUAGUCAGGAAAGCAAGUGGACCGCCCGAGUUCAAGCUCUUCACCAGGAACACAAGAAAGAGAAGGGUCGGCUCUUGUCACAUAUAGAGAAACUUCGAACCUCCAUGAUAGACGAUCUAAAUGCAAGUAAUGUUUUCUACAAGAAAAGGAUAGAAGAUCUAGGGCAGAGACUCCAGGAACAGAAUGAACUGAUUAUCACGCAGAGACAACAGAUUAAAGAGUUUACCAGUAGACCAUUAAACACUGUCAGUGAACCCAAAGGGAAUCCUUUAACCUGGCAAACAUUCGAAUCUAAGCCAACUGCCCCAGCUGUAUCUAUGACUGCCUCAGCGCCACAGACUUUGGAUGCUAAAUCAAGUCUAACAAUGGCACACGAACAGGCAUUCCCAUCGCACAUACUGGAACCAAUAGAAGAGCUUUCAGAGGAAGAAAAAGGAAGGGAGAAUGAACAGAAAUUAAAUAACCACAAGAUACAUUUAAGGAAAGCUUUGAAGGGUAACCCCUCCCUCAAUAAGGAAAUCAGAAACAUGUUGGAGCAGAGUUUGCUGGAGAAACUGGAAACCUUGGGGAUUAAUGCGGAUAUACGUGGUAUUUCAAGUGAUCACUUCAGUAGAGUGCUAAGAACUGUGGAAUCAGCAAGACAUGAGCGAGAAAGACAAAUACCUAACAUUCAGCAAAUUCGAGAAUUCCUUGAACGUGAGGUCAGCUGUAAAAUCGAGGAGAGAAACUUACUGUCCUCAGAUAAGUAUGGCGCUUCUCAAAUGGAUACCCUCUCAACUGGAGAAAUACCCAAGGCAGUGCAACUUCCUCCCAAAAGCAGACAACUGAUUAGGCAAAGACCUGUUUUCACUGAUAGGACAUCUGUUCCCAAAAUUAAGAAAAAUAUCACAGAAGAUCAUUUUCCCAAAAAGUCUUCAACUCUUACGACGCCGCCCUUCAGUUCAGAGGAAGAGUUGGAUGGUGAGGACCUCAUCCAGGCAUGCGCAUCCCCAGACUUACUUCUCGUGCAGUCAUCCAAAAGCAACAAGAGUAGCUUUGGAAAGAACACUGUCAAAAGUGACACUGACUGGACCGAGGGUAGUGAUAUCGAGGACUCCGAUAUUUCUCCCAAGCCCACAGGAACCUCCAUUAAAACGCUGACUGAAAAAGUUGAAAAGACGGUUUCAAAUCACGGAAGUGUGAACAAGCCUUUUGGUGGGAUUAAUGUUGCUGAGGCGUUCAUCAAGAAAGAAUUGAAAGAAGACCUGAAGUGCACAGAUGUGGACGAUGAAGACUGGGACAUAUCAUCCUUAGAGGAAGAAAAAUCUUUAGGGAAAAAAACUGGGCAAGAACAGAAGGAACCUCUACCUUUGAAGAAUGAGCCAAAUUCUACUCAAGUGCCAAAUGCCUGGGUUGCAUCUAAUCUCCAGGGGCCAAAGGGAGAAGGACUUCAAGAUGAAUCAAGCACGUUGAAAAGCAGCUUAGUAACUGUGACUGAUUGGAGUGACUCUUCAGAUGUGUGACUACAGCCCCGGAGUCAGAAGGUCCAGACGCCAACAGGAUUUCAGUAAUCUGCCCACAGGAUCCUUAACGCUCCUGCCCUACGGUAUUUCCCACAAGAACAAGGAAGCGGAUUCAAAGAACAAGGGUCUCUUUAACGGCACCUAAUUCAGUAUUGAAAACAAAAACUGUCAACAGUAUUUCGAAGCAUACAAAGGUGUUUAAGACUUCUGCUGCUUAAAAAUAAUGUGUCAUUGAAGUCAUAAAAAGUUUUCUCUUCGGAGCGGUACUCUAGUGUUUAAGCGCAUUUUUUCGACUAAUUUUUAAGUGAAUUUUUUUAAAACUUAUAGCCAGUUUGGGUUCGAAUUAAAGCUUUUUUUUUAAAUACCUUUCUUAUAUACAUUGUCACACUGGAAGUGAUUUAUUAUAAAAUUCUCUUAGUAUGCUUAAAACUGAAUUAGUGGAAUCAGUGAAAUCUUACGAGUAGACUGGUUAUUUUUCACAUAGAAGUAAGUCUAGAAUUAUAAAAAUAUAGCUAGGCCCACACUAAAUACAUUUUCCAGAAGUACCUGUUCCAGACUCAGCUUUGAGCCAUUGUAAGCAUGUUGUUAUUAAACAAUUAUUUUAGAACUUUAAACACCAUUUCUGCAGUAUAACCUUUACCUUGGAUAUUUUAUGAAUAAAAUGUAGCUGUUUUAAACGUCAAUUUAUUAGAAUAUGAAAAGAUUGGGUCAUUACUGAAUUCACAUGUGUAUGUAGGGUUUUUCCCCCCUUUUUUCAAAUGCCCAACCCAUAUUAUAAAAUACCUCAAAGCUAUUAGUUCUGUUCUUAACAAUUGUCAAUGGUCGCAAAGUUCAUAUAAACUGUUUUUUGCAUUUUUUGUACUUUGUGGUACUACAUGUACUCUUGUUUCCAAAAAAAAGGUAACAUUUUAACUAAUGGUCUGUUGGGUUUUGGAUGUCUUUUUCAAUUUGCCAACCUUUUAAGUAAAGGCCUCCAUUACAUCA